AUGACCGAUCUGAUCGCGACGUGCGUGUUGAUUCGUAUACAGUGCGUGACGUUGAUAGUGGAUGAUGCAUGUCGCAGCGUGAUGGAACUAGGCAACAAGGAAACGUGGAAGUUGGUAGCUUACGACAACGAAAGUACGCGAACGGCACUGCCGGACAUUUUUGAAAGCAUUGUCAACGAGACAUCGAUCGUUCUGAAGGGUGAUGUGGAUGUGGCGAAACCAAAGCUCAUAUCUCGCCUAGAACAGUUGCUAUGCAGCUUCAAAGAUGUGCUGUUGUUGUUGUCAGGCAUCUCAGAAAUGGGCGCUGCAGCCGCCGCCGCCGCCGCUGCUGCCAAUGCAGAGAAUAAGGACCGGCCGACCACGUUGUCUCUGACUGAGGCAAGGGACAGAUACCGCCGGGCAAAGGUCAAAGACCGCAAAUUGCUGAUGGUGCUAGCAAACUGCGACUACGUACUGAACAAGUCCAUCCCGCGCUGCAUCAAGCGGCUGUCGCUGUGUGGAAUGCGCUUCUCGGAGCGCAUGCAUGAGGUAGCAAAUUUGUCGUACGGAUGGUUAAUGAUACUUUCCAUUUUCUAUUGAUG